UUCGCCAGCAUUUAUGGCUUUUAUUGUUUCUUGACAGCCGCAAAUUUGCGAUGGAUCAGUUCCAAGCCCUCAUCGAACCUGGCCGUCAGUUUGCCAAAGAUUCUAUCCGAUUGGUGAAGAGGUGUACGAAGCCCGACAGGAAAGAAUAUCAGAAGAUCGCAGUUGCAACUGCAAUCGGCUUUGCUAUCAUGGGUUUCAUCGGAUUCUUCGUCAAGCUCAUCCAUAUCCCAAUCAAUAACAUCAUUGUCGGAGCGUAG